AUGAAGUACAAUCCAAGAGUCUCAAGCUCUCGCCGGAAAUGCAGGAAGGCGCACUUCUCCGCGCCAUCCAGCGUCCGCCGUGUGUUGAUGAGCGCACCCCUUUCCACAGAACUGCGCGGCAAGUACAACGUCCGGUCAAUCCCAGUCCGAAAAGACGAUGAGGUACAGGUUGUUCGCGGUACCUACAAGGGCCGUGAAGGUAAGGUUGUUCAGGUCUACCGUCGCAAGUGGGUUAUCCAUAUCGAGCGGAUCACUCGUGAGAAGGUUAAUGGGCAAACAGUCAAUGUAGGGAUCAACCCUUCAAAGGUUGUCGUCACUAAGCUCAAGCUUGAUAAGGACAGGAAGUCGUUGCUUGACCGGAAGGCUAAGGGCCGUUCCGCUGAUAAGUCGAAGGGAAAGUUCACCGAGGAUGAUGUAGCCGCCGGUGCCUCUCUCCAAGAGAUCGAUUAG